AUGCUUUUCCUUACUAGAUAUCAACUUGAUCCAUUGUCUGAUGAGGAUGUCAAAUUGGCCAUGUCUUGUCGCACACGGGUGGAGCUGUUAUUGUCUCAAGUCAAAGAGAGGCAGGAUUUACAGGCUACUUUCAAAGAGUUCCUGGCACAUUACGUUUCAGCCGAAGAACAAUCUCCAGCGCAACUUCUCGAAGUGCAAGCUUUUGUAUCCAAUGCUACCGUGCCUGUUAUUCCACGUGAUGGCGACAUACAACAUUCAGUUGCAUAUUCUGAUACCUUGGCUAUGUCUGAAGCGUCAAACCAAUUGUCAAAACUAGAGAGCCCAGCUUUGUUAUCAUCUACUUUAAUGACAGAUUCGACUGCUGUCACUGAGGCGGAAGUAGCCCAGGUACAAGAACCAGAGUGUGUCACCGAGAGUUCUACUCCAUCAGCAGAAUCUAAUGCACAUCAGUCCCCAGAAGUUCAUGAGGGUGCGCAGAAAACACUAAACCAGCAGCUGGUCGAAGAUAUCCCGAAUGAUGAAAAGCCCAUAACCUCCAUCAAACCAUCCGAAUCGCCUGUUCAUGAUACUUGCAAAGACCGUAUCACGCUCUCUAUACAGGACCAUGGGAUUCAAGACAAUCUGGCUCUGGUUUCCGAGGAAGAGGGUGCUGCAGCGGUUGCUGAAACGCCGGUAGCAGUGUCAACAGAUGGUCAUCUCGAUUCGGAAGACUUAGCCACCGCUUUGCAUGCGAACGCAGAACGUGAUGGCAUCACAAGAAACGCCAUGGAGGAUGAGUCCGAGAAACCUGAUUCGCCGGUUUUUGUUGACCAUUCUGUCGAGGAGAAAGCACCAUUAGAGGAGAUAACUAGUCGCAAGCGCUGUGCCAGCGGAGAUCCUUGCGAUUCCACCGCAAAACGAAUAGCGACAACGGUCACUGGCGAAUCCAAUGAAGAUGUCGGUAUAAUCGAAGAUCACCAAAUUUCCGCCCAGCCUCACACCGUCGAGGCUUCUGUAGUUCCUAUCAUCCCAAAAGAAGAGAAUAUAUCGGAACUCGGGUCUUCAGCUGAAGUUUCACAAACGGAGGUUGCCUUCGUAACGUCUCAGGUCAAAAUCUCUGAAGACGGAUUAAGUACAUUCACUUCUUCUGAUCAGUCUGUGGAUCAAACUGUACGUAUCACGUUCACUGCUAUCGAUCAUGACACACGUUUAUCACUGACGGAGCUUUGUUCCCAAAUGCCCAACUGUAGACUGGUUGAUUCUUCGGAAGAUGCCACACAUCUUGUAUGUACUCGUCUCCUACGAACACCCAAAACCUAUAUGGCCGUGGCUCUUGGCCGAUCGCUGGUAACUCCAAAAUGGAUACAAGCAUCAGUGAUGAGGGGAUUAUGGUUGGACGAAACACCAUGGCUUCUUAAUGAUCCAGAAGGUGAAACUCAACUGGGUGUCUGCCUCAGUCGAUCCCUUCAGAGAGCCAAGCGGCGUCAAAUGCUUGGACCCAAAGCAAGUCUGUUCGGUGGUCUAGAGUUUUGGCUGUCUCCUGGAGCGUGUCAUCGAGACAUCUGUGCGAAAUUGAUCCGAGCAUGUGGAGGAGUCGUACGUCAGAAACGGCCGACACAGAAGAUGGCCCUGUUGCCCCAACCAAAACAACUUAUAAUAUGUCAUGAAGAUGAUAGUCACGUGGCUAACUAUUUGAUGCGAAUCAAAACCGGGAACAAAGCCGUCCAUCACGAGGAAUUCGUGCUCAGCGGUGUCCUUCGUCAAGAACUCGACUACGAAUCCUACCAGAUCCAAUAUGUAAAUACACUACAAACUAGUUUAAAAGCAGCUGUUGCAGCGGCCGAGGCAGCGCUUGCUGGUAACGGUUCUCCGCCUCUGAUGACUCCAAAUACUCCACUGACACCUCGUUUAGGAGUCGAUCAAACGGAAAAUGCACAACCGUCAUCACACAGGCGUGAUAGUAGUCAUAGUAUCAAAAUUGACCACCCAUCUGGCAGGGUCACACCUAAGGUUCCAGAACCACCAUUUAUUGCCUGUCUGAGUUCCACAUCGACAACCCCUGUAAUGUCAUUAGUGCAUAGCGAUCAAGAAAAUUUCAAACGGUCUGUUCAACCCAUUAUACCGAGUUCAACUGCGCACGUCGAAGAAUAUCCUCCCCUCAGACAAGAAACUCACCAUCCAACAGCUUCGACCACCUUGCCCGAUUACGGUCUUCACAGGGGACCGAUGAAUCUGGGUGCUGGUCGUGGGCAGACUAUGGGAGCCUCUCUUCCUAGAUCGUUUGUCGGACAUCAUGCAGCUAGCACUAGCCUCCAGCAUCUGCUCACGGACUCGAACACUGACUCGAGCAUACCGUUGGAUCACUAUGUCACACCUCAUCGUCCACAGCUUACGGGAGAAUCAGGGUCGUUGGUAUCUCGUCCCCAGGUUAAUAGUACUCAGCUACACGUCACAAAGUUUUCUGAAACAUUACUACCAUGUCAUCCACAAACAUAUAAGGGCAUUUUAUCGUCUGCGUCGCUGACCGCACCAGUCCAGGCCAAUAUUUUCCCGUAUGAUGUAGAUCGCCCUGAAUCUGGAACUACCAGCGGUCCUCAAGGUAGUGUCAGACCUAAACCAAGUAAUUUACUCUUGACUGGAUUAUCUUCGAAUGCCAAUCCGAGCCACACUACCGCGUCCCAUCGUCCAGUGACCGCACUUACCGCCAUGAUUGUUGCGGCAGAAACUGGCUCGAAUGAUCUCGUAUCGGGUAUGACGUUGGGCAAUGCAGAAAAUGGCAGUUCUGGGUCCUUUAUACUCCCCCACUCCAGCAGCUAUCGUUCUCACACAUCAGUUACUGUCCCUGUAUCUUCUGUUGUCGGCAGCUCCACCAGCGGAUUGAACGCUCGAAGCGCCGCAGCUGAUGCUCAUGCUGUGGCAACUGCAACUGCUGCUGCUGCCAGUGCAUUAAGUAGCAGUGAACGAAAAUCUAUCAAACCUAUCAAAGACGGUAGCAACCUUCCUAUUCCAGGCGUUCGAAGCCCUAGAGCCACGCUUCCUUCAAACUUCUUUGGUACGGAUAUUGGCGACCCAAAGAAGCGCGUUCCAAACAUACAGCCAAUAUCUGGCGGGUUCCAGUCACUUUCCUCUUUGGAUGCAGUAACAAGUCUGAUUACCAGUCAGAUGAACUUUCAGUUCCCACCAGCAACGUCUGAACUGGUGAAUUUGAUACAAACGUACUCUUCGCCAGCUUUCAAAGAAACUGUUCAAGUUGGAAGUCAAAUGAAUAUACCGUCUUGUGAGGUUGUCGGUACCCCCUAUGGUCCCCAUACAGCAGCAUCGAGUCAACAAACCAUUCCUUUGCGACCUGUAUCAAUAACAAGUCAAGUUCCUACCGAAUCUGAUCCACCCCAUGUCUCAGUCGCUGUUACCACUGAUACUGCAACCCCAUUUGAGGUUUCUUCGUCUCUCUACGGAUUUACUAAUCUCUCUACAGUCGACCAGCUGCCCGCGAGUCUCUGUGAUUCUGAUUCUUCGGCACACGCGGCUGUCGUCCUUCAUCCUUCCAGCCCACAAGCCCCGACAGCAGCUACACAUCUUGGAGAGUUCUCCCCCUCCAGUGUAGUAGGAUUCCAUCCGGUCUCAUCUAGUUCAGAUACUUUGACCAUACCCACUUCCAGUUUGUUCGAAUCCAGAUAG